GAUGUUAUUUUUAGAUUUUUGCCGCUGUCUUAUGUUGCUCACAUUAGCCUAUUAGUAUGACUAUAUACAUCCAUUAGGCCAACGCGAUGGAAUCGUAACAUCUUCAGCUGAUCCAGGGAAUAUAACGUCAAUAUGCGUCUACCAUGUCAACGAAUCUGUUCGAAUUUUUAGAUCAGCCUGCAUGAUUGCUGAUCAGCUGUUUAUUGUUUACAUUAUAUUCAGUUGUUACGUCGACCUCAGUAUAAUCACGGACUUAUUGUAUUUGUCAGUUGUAUAAUAACCUAUAUAUUUGUAGAGUCUUAGUACCCAAGAAAUGUCAGUUUUUACAUGGGGGCUGUUUAAAAUCUUGAAAGAAAAUGAGACUAACUGUUUUUCCUGUAUCUGUAGAUAAUGGUAACGCCCAUUCAUACAGUGAUAAGUGAUGUUACUAUACAUACAUGUCCAAUUAAACCGCCUCCCAUUGUAUUGGUGGCCUGGGUACCUUUCAUUUUUACUGGCUUUUUUCUCUCUCCAUCUAACCCCACUUAACCCAGGCCAAUUAAGAUAUCCAGUGGACAUGACCUUAUCUAUAUAGUGUUCUGGUCAUUAUGAGGACAGCCUGAAUUAAACUACAAUAUGUUGUAUAACUUUUUUUGAAGGAUUUUUGUAAAGAAAAGCCUAGUAAUUUCCAGUCAUGAUUACAGUAUGUAGUGUUGGUAUGUAUUACAGACUUUCCUGAGUUAAUCCAUCUUUAAUGAUUAACAUGAAAAUUUCUAAAAAUGCUUGUUAUUGUAGACAAUUCCAGACAUGUAAGAGAGAAACGAAAGACGUAAAAAAGAAAUAUUUUAACACCAAACAAAGAGCAAAGGCAAAAUUAGAUGGAUGCCGGUAUCCGGCAACUGGUGGUGGACCUCCUCCGGAAAGUCCUUCUCCAGCAGAGGAGCUGAUAAUUGCUGCCACUGGAACCAGGCCUGGAAUGAAAGGCAUUACCAAUGGAAUAGAUAGUGAUACAGUAUUGCCAGUCCAACCUAUAACUGUGACAGAAACUCAAAGGGAAGACUACACCUCAUCUGAUUGUCAAGCCACAUUAUCCUGUACACAGUGUACUUCAACCACAAUCCAAAGCCCUGUCACUUAUGAGCUCACAAGUACCAUAUUACCAACAUCAGAUGCAUGCACAGACAUUAAUGAGCCAACAAAAAAGAAACAAAAAACAUCUCUAGCAUCACUUACUGAGGAAAACUUGAUGCUAGACAACCAACGAUUAACCCUGGAAAUUAAGCGCAUUGAGGAGGAAACCAAGAAAAUACAAAUGGAGCAACAGAAAUUGGCUCAAGAGAAAUCUGUCCUAGACCUGAAAGCAGCCUACUGGACAUUCAAAUUACAAAACGAAUUUGAAAUUUAAAUGUUUUAUGCCAUGGAUGGCAAUGUCCCUCGUCUGUCCUUGAUCGUUAAAUAAGGGGAAAAACUGUAAAGCGAUUGCUUUUAUCAAAUUUUUAACAUUUAAUUGUACAUUUUUACUA